UUUCACUUUGAAUUUGUACAAAUUUCAUCGUGCUAAAUCAAUUUAAAAUGAAACAUACAGGCAAUUUGUGACCGUAUACAUUUGUCUAUCUAGCAGUUCAAUAGGCAAUAGGAAAUUGACGCACAUUACAGAAUAAAAGGAUCCAACAGUGAACGCAUGAGUUGUUUGUCACCGGUUUCGUUCUCAAUUAAAAGUGGUGCAAAAGAAACCGAUGAAAAUGACCAAAAGUUCCGGCCAGUCCACACCAACUCAUUCUAAGGAUCGUCAGUGUAUAAGCCAUACGCAUUGCCACCAUGAACAUAGCCAACCUGUUUCGUCGCAAGCUCCAACCGAUGCGGCCAGUUCAUUACCCAAGCAAACAUUUUAUAUAUCAAUCAUUUUUCUUGCUUUACUUAGUCGAUUAUUUGUGAUAUUAGUGCAAAUAAUUUCGAACAUCCUUGUUCCGGAUCACGAGGCUGGCGUUUUUAUUGCGCCCCGAGAUCCGGAAUUAUCACCAGCUAAAUUUGAUGGGCUGGUGAGUGUGCUAUUUGGAGGUUUGCAUCGAUGGGAUGCACAGUAUUUUUUGCACAUCGCAGAGUAUGGGUAUACGUAUGAAAACACAUUGGCAUUCCUUCCGUUGUUUCCGUUUGUUGUCAAAAUGUUGACGAUGGCGUUCGGAGGAACCUCGUCAGUAGUAACAUAUCGUGAGCUUUCGCUAGCGCUGGCGGUAGUUUUAAAUGUAAUAUUUUUUGUACUCGCUGCGAAAGCUCUAUACAAACUGAGCAAUAUGGUGUUGGGUAAUAAGAAGAAAAGUGAACUAGCGGUGAUACUGUUUUGUUUCAAUCCUGCAUCGAUUUUCUUCACGGCACCCUACACCGAAAGUCUCUACUCGUGGUUGUCGUUCACGGUGAUGGUGCAAUGCAUUGACGAUAUCAACUCAGUACUUAUUACUGUGCCGUUGAGUUUGAGUCUGCUGUGCAGAUCGAACGGUAUGCUGAACAUUGGGUUUCUACUGUACUUCAGUAUUCGCCGCAUUAUGUCGCAGAAGUCUUUUCACGACAUCAUUUGUAUAGUAUCUAAGCUGUUCUCUGUUGUUAUGAUCAUCAUCUUUCACUACGGUAUCGCUCAAGUCUACAACUAUUACCUAUUUUGCUUCGAGCAAAAGUUCACUUUCCCAGCACAUGUAAAAGACUAUGCCGUUACUCACAGCCUGGUGCUGGCUGGGAACAAAACAAACGAAUCGUCGCCUUGGUGCUCUAACUAUUUGCCUUUAUCUUACUCGUACGUACAAAGCCACUAUUGGAAUGUAGGAUUUAUGAACUAUUACGAACUGAAACAGUUACCAAAUUUUCUUCUCGCCUUACCAGCAAUCUAUCUGAUAAUCAGUAACUCUUACAAAUACGCAAACGACAACUGGGACUUUUGUGCCCGACUGGGUUUAUUUCAGGUAAACAAGAAACUGUUAAAGAACAUGAAAAACUACGACCGAUUAGCGUUCGUUUUCAUAGCCCACGGAAUGUUUUUAACAUUGUUUAGCGCUCUGUUUGUGCAUGUGCAAGUUAUGACGCGUAUGAUAGCCUCGUCGAGUCCGUUGCUUUACUGGUUUGCCGCCGACUAUUUCACCGGCGACAAAGCAUUCAUCCGACGGCAGGUUAUACGAAAACUGUCCAAACAGGUCCAGGACGGUACUGAACCGUGCACUCACUUCGAAAAUUACGUGGAGUUGAGUGAAAUGCUCGACUUCAGAGCAAUGAAUUGGAAACAAAGGUUUAUUCUGUGCUACUUUCUAGGCUACUCCAUUAUUGGGACCGUUCUUUUCAGUAAUUUCCUUCCGUGGACUUAGAGAACGUUUUUAGUAAAUAUUGUAUGCAAGAGUUAUUACCAACAUCGUACUUUACUGAAUGAAAUUAAAUUUAAACAAAGAGUCUUAGAAAUACAACGGUCGAAGUUCAAAUAAUGUCUACAAUUACAUUUUAAACAACUAAUCAAAGAACAAGCAUAACAUAGUGGACAUUCGAGUUUAACGGAUUGUAGUAGAAAUAAUUUUAACCAAAAAUAACUUACAGAACAUACGAAUGAAGUAGUUUGAAACUAUUCAAGCAGAGUUAGUGAUAGUGUUAGCUAUUAUCUCAGACGAUAUUCUCUAUACAAGCAAUGAUAACGUUUAACGUUGUAUUCGAUUACCACAUUUUAAAAUUUGCAUACUAAAUAUUGAACUAGGUAUGAUUCUCUCAUUCGAUUAGAUGUGCAAUAAACUCAUAUCUUCAUUCAUAGUUAUUUUUCAUACAUCCAUAGACGGUUUACAUAUACCUACGAUUUAUCAGAUGCUCAAAUCAAAUAUAUUAGGAACGGUUAACAUUAACGACUGUUACUCGCAAUCAAAAAUUUACCUACUAGUGUUUGGUCGUUUCCAAAAAAAAAGUACUAGGGACUGCUUUAUGCAUCUAUUUGCCUUACUCAAUGUUGCAGAACAAAUGCAAACAAAUAUUUAAAUAGGCUGCCAUAAUCGAUCCCGCCAUAUGAAUAAACAAGCGAUUGUUUACAACUUUUCUUGUUUGCUCAAAAAAAAAAUGUUGCAAAGUAGGAACGAUAAUUAUCCAACUGAAAAUCGAGUUUGACAGUAAAUUUUAAGUUACAAAUAGGUAAUUAUUACUACUUCAAUUUGAUAAAUACUUUUUCUAGUCUUCAUAUUACCAAAGUCAAGUACUCCUGUUUUCAGCCAAAUUAACUUAUAAA